UAUUGUCCCUUAGUCACGUGCUAACUCUCUUUCAGCUGCAUCCCAGAUGAGUAAAAUAGCAAGGAAUAUUUUCUAUAAGCUAGAAUAUUUUUCCUCGACCAGUGCGAUUUAUGACUUUAUGACCCAGCAACCUUCGACUUCGCACCGGACACUGCACCUUGACCGUUACCUGAAGGUAACCGGAGGAUAAGGGUAAAUUUUCUUCAACCCCUACCACAUUUUUUGCAGGCAAUUACUUCUUUUUUCACCACCUCUCUAGUUCGUAGGAAUUCCAAAUUUACCAAUCUGCGUGUUUACCCCCAACAACAUACCCAUCCCCCUACCUUUUUAAAGUUUUCGUGGAGAGCGAUUUUACGGAAACUCAGCAGAAUUAAGAAAAUCGCCAAAGAAUCCUCGUAUAGUCGCCGCAAUUUAUCGUGAGCAGUUCGUGCAGUUAAAGUGUUUCACAGCAAGUGAUAUUUUAGUUGUAUUGGUACACUUUAGUGACAAAUUAGUGUUAAUUUAGUUGUAUUGGUACACUUUUGUGACAGUAGUGAUAUUUCGGUGAUAAGAUAUUAGCAAUAGUUUUGUGUGAACAUCAUGGCAACUAGAAAGAAAUAUACAGUUUUGAAUAUGCAACAACGCUUGGACGUUUUAAAAGAUCUGCAAGAUACGGGACUCACAGUAUCGGAAAUUGGAAAAAAGUAUGGUGUCGACGCCAAAACAAUUCGUCGAAUUAAGAAGAAUAGAAUACAAAUUAGUAGUUUUGCAGAUAAAACUAAGCGUGAAAGACAGCGACGGAAAUUAAUAGAUCCGGUAUACGAUGAAUUGGACAAAUGCCUUUUAGCAUGGUUUAUUGAACGGAGGACCAUUGGCGAUCGUUUAACGGACGCGUUGCUAUUGGAGAAAGCCAGUGAUUUAAAAGAAAAUUUGCCAUCAUGUUCGCGUUUCAAACUAAGCCGUGGAUGGCUAUCGAAAUUCAAAAAACGUCAUGGCAUACAUUUGGUACGCUUGUAUGGAGAGAAGGCGAGUGCUGACAAAGAUGGAGCAACAACAUUUAUAAACAAUUUUAAACAACUAAUGAACGAUGACGAUAUAAAUUUGGAGAACGUAUACAACAUGGACGAAAGUGCAUUGGUAUGGAAGGCGCUACCAACGAAAACGUUGGCAGGAGAGGAAGAAAGCCGUAUCAGCGGAUAUAAAAUUAAAAAAGAUAGGAUUACAAUUGCACUAUGUGCAAAUGCACUGGGCACACACAAAAUGAUGCCGCUUGUAAUCUAUAAAUAUAAAAACCCAAGGGCUUUAAGACACGAGGUCUCUUUGCCCGUGAUUUUCAAAUCACAACCCAAUGCGUGGAUGAGCAGAUCAUUAUUUUCAGAUUGGUUUGAAAAUCAUUUUAAGCCCUCCGUAAACCAAUUUCAAGAGGAACGAGGUAUAACAGGAAAGGUCAUAUUAUUUGUUGACAAUUGCGAAGCGCAUAAAUUACCAGCAGAAAAUUUAAAAGACGAGAAGUUUGAAAUAAUAUUUUUACCACCCAAUACAACAUCCUUGAUCCAACCAAUGGAUCAGGGAGUUAUAGAAAAAACUAAACGAGCUUUCCGCCAUAAACUACUCCAACGCGUGUUAACAUAUGAUGGUGGAGUACAAGAAUUUUAUAAAGAAUAUACUUUAAAAAAUUGUAUUGAUAUUUUUACUCAAGCAUGGUCAGCAAUAACGCAAACAAAUUUAAGAAAUGCGUGGAAUCAAAUUCUUGGACCUGUUGCUGCUGUCCAACCUCCACCAUUAGAAUCUGAUUGGCAGGACAUGAUAAGUGCCAUUACGGGAGAAGACUGUUCAGAACAACAGGUUGCAGAUUUUUUAUCCACCUGCCAGGAAUUAGAAGAUAAAAGUGCAGACCAGGAGGAACAUGAAGAUGUUUUAAACGAACCCCAGGAGGAACCACCCGAAACGAUGUUCGAGGAGGACAACGAUACAAUUGACGAUUUACGCGACAUAUUUAGUCGCUUAAGUGUUCAUAGUGACAGAGCACCACUACAUAUACAAUAUGCGGUACAGAGCCUGAAGAUAUUUUUCUUAAACAAAGAAUAAUGAAUAAAAAGUAAGUGACAACAU